AUGCGUCUCCUUGCAGCGCUUGGGCUGUUAUCAUCAUUUUCGGUUGUUUUCGCCUCUGAUCAUAGGACAGACGGUCAUCUCCACCGCGCACACAAGCGAGCCCCCGGCAACGAAAAGAACGCCACUGCAACCCCCGAUUAUGAUUAUGUUGUGGUGGGAACAGGCCCAGGAGGUGGUCCUCUUGCAGCUCGACUAGCCAUUGCUGGAUACAAGGUCCUUAUAUUGGAUGCUGGAGACGACCAGGGAAAUGCUACCAGACAGAUGGUCCCUGCUCUGCAACUUCAGUCCACCGAAUAUGAACCGAUGAGAUGGGACUAUUUUGUCAACCAUUAUUCCAACCUGACUCGUCAAGAGGAGGACUCGAAGAUGACCUACCGCACCCCUGCAGGCGAUCUGCAUGUUGGAAAAAAUGCUCCCGCUGGUUCCGAACCAUUGGGUAUCUUAUAUCCCAGAGCAGGUACUCUGGGAGGUUGCUCUGCCCAUAAUGCUAUGAUUACUAUUUAUCCCUAUGAGAAUGACUGGGAGCAGCUGGCUAGUGUUACUGGUAAUGACUCAUGGUCAGCUGCCAACAUGCGCCAGUACUUUGAGAGACUGGAGCGCAACCGAUACCUACCCAGCAGUUUGGCUGGUCAUGGGUUCGAGGGCUGGCUCACAACAAGUUUGACGGACUUGCGUCUUGUGAUUGAGGACCAAAAACUUCUUUCUCUGAUCCUUGCUGCUGCAACUGCUGCCGGCCAAAGCUUGCUGGGCAAGAUAAUCAACACCGUGACAGGCCUCGCAGAAGUUCUGCUGCGUGAUCUCAACAACCCUCUCCCUACGCGUGACUAUGAUGAAGGUCCAUACCAAGUUCCUCUUGCUGUUGAUGUUCCCGAAUACAAGCGCACAGGCCCCCGAGACUUUCUUCUCAAGACUGCCAAUGCAGUCAACUCAGAUGGUUCGCGCAAGUACCAUCUCGAUAUCCAGCUGAACACUUUGGUCACCAACGUCCGUUUCGAUACCUCUGGACCUAAGCCUCAUGCUACCGGAGUCGACUAUCUGUUGGGCGAGAGUCUUUAUCGAGCGGAUCCCCGAGCAUCCAGAACAUCCGCCGGUGGGACCCCGGGGAGUGUGAGUGCUGCCCGCGAAGUCAUUCUCGCUGCAGGAUCUUUCAACACCCCACAGCUGUUGAAGCUCAGCGGUAUCGGUCCAAAGAAAGAAUUGGCCAAGUUUGGAAUCUCGGCCCUUGUAGAUCUUCCUGGUGUUGGUUCCAAUAUGCAGGACCGCUAUGAGGUGGGCUCGGUUGGAAAGUCGCCAACUGAUUUCGUUCUAACCUCCAAGUGUACAUUCAUGUACACGAUGCCCGAUCCCUGCUUGGACCAGUAUGAGAACGAUCCCCUGUUUAAGGGAACCUAUACCACCAACGGAAUCGCAAUUGCAGUAGUCCGCAAGUCCUCUGUUGCUGAGGACGAGCCUGACCUGUUGAUCUCGGGAGCGCCCGUCAACUUCCCCGGUUACUACCCUAAUUAUUCUUACGAGGGAUUGAAAGAUGCCCAGCACUGGACGUGGAUUACCUUGAAAGCACGCAGUCGCAACAAUGCUGGAACAGUUGAGCUGCGAUCCACCGAUCCCCGGGAUAUGCCGAUUAUCAACUUCAACUCGUUUGAUUCUGGAGUUACCACAGAUGGUGCCGAUGAAAAGGACUUGCAGGCUAUUUACGAAGCCAUGCAGUUCUCCCGUGAAAUCUAUAAUGAUCUCAUUCCCCUCGAUGGUGGAUUCGAGGAAGUGUGGCCUGGACCCAACGUUACCACCGAAUCCGAGAUGAAAGACUUCAUCAAGCAGGAGGCCUGGGGCCACCAUGCCUGUUGCACGGCUGCUAUUGGAGCCGAUGACGACCCUCAAGCCGUGCUGGAUGCGGAUUUCCGUGUUCGCGGUGUUGAAGGCUUGCGUGUGGUAGAUGCCUCGUCCUUCCCCCGGAUUCCAGGUUACUACGUUGCCUUGCCCAUCUAUAUGAUUAGUGAGAAGGCUGCUGAAGUCAUUAUCGCCGAUGCUGCCUGA